UCCAAAGGGUGAUGGAGUGUUGCGGCGAAGCCCAACCAAGAGCGCAGGCUGAGCGCAGGCAACCCCCCAUCCGAAGCUCGGCGCAUCGAAGCGCAGCGAUGGCGUUCAAGACGCUGCGGCGGGCGUUAAGCCAGAUCUUGCUGGUGACGAUCGGCACGUGCCUGGGCCUCUGGAUGUGUCUCAAGAUCGGCGUACAGGUGCUGCUGAAAGGGAAGUCCAUACUGACGCCCAAGCAGCGUCCCGAAGAGCCGGCCUGUCUUCGCGACCCGUCUUUGGGAUCCCACGAAUUCGUCACGUUGCAGGAUGUGACGCUGCACUACGUGUCAGCCGGAAGUCACGACAACCCGCUCAUGGUGUUGUUGCACGGUUUCCCGGACACGUGGUACACCUGGGAGAAGCAGAUACGGCACUUCCAGAAGGACCACUGGGUGGUCGCUGUGGACAUGCGUGGCUGUGGCCUGUCCAGCAAGACACAACUAGUGGAGGACUACCUCAUGUCACGCAUGGUGGACGAUGUCAGGAGACUCAUUUUGUCAUUGGGCCGGAGGAAGGCGAUUAUAGUGGGCCACGGCCUGGGUGGCAUGGUGGCCUGGGUGCUGGCCACCAAGCACGAGGACAUGGUCGACCGCCUAGUGGUUGUCAACGGCCCCCACCCGUUGGCUUUCCACUACCAGCUGGAAAACAGCUUUGCACAGAUGCUCAAGUCGUGGUACAUCGUGACCUUCCAGAGCCCCAAGCUGCCUGAAGCGGUGCUCAAGGCAAAUGACUUUGAGCUCAUUGACAAAGCUCUUGGCCCAUCGCAGGUGGAUUUCAAGGAAGUUGUGAAGCAUUCCCUCUCACGGCCAGGCGCCCUCACGGCGGCGUUGAAUCACUACCGCGCCCUAUGGCGGAGAGAUGAUCGUCUCCGAGACCUGCGCUUCCGCUACCUCAACACACCAACGCUCAUCGUGUGGGGCCAGCGCGACCGCUACCUGACGCUCAAGCUUGCCCAGCUCAGCAUCCUGCAGGCCUUCGGGCGGGUCGAGUACCUGACCGACGCGGGACAUUGGGUGCACAGGGAGCGGGCCUGACCGGGUCAACGACCUCAUCCGGCAAUUCUUCAAGAGCACAGAGGCCCUCUGCUAGUGCCUGGACGGUGCCCACGUGGAUAACGCUUAUGUGCGAGUGCGUGGCUGGAAAAACAGAGCUGUGCUUUUGUAGUUAAACAAGAGUUGCAGGACUCGUGAGACUUCCGCCUCAGUGGCCAUCACUGACUGAAACAAAUGAACGCUAUUGUUGCGCGUGUGCAUGCGUGGAAGUGCAAAUGUGCAGCUCCAACUGAACCCAAGCCAAGCCACUACUUGUCAUUUGAAACAGUGUCUUUAAAUGGAGGUGAAAUCGUGGAUAGUUUGGACCAUAUUGGUGAAAAUGGGCAGUACCUGUCGCAGUACUGCAUUUUUGGGCAUUGUUUCAUUAUGAUGGGUUGUAGGCUAUCGUGUGCAGCUGAGUUUGGUGGCGUGGUGUUUUGGAUGUUUACAGGCUUUUGACGGCUCAAUUUGCCUUCCGUAGGUCUCAUUGAAGCUUUUUCUGCUUUUUAAGCUUCACAGGGUGUCUUGCUUCGCUGCCAUAAGCAUGUAGGGGCAUGUGAGAACAUAACUAGUGCAGCUAUUCUUGGCUGACUUCUGUCAAAUUAGUUAUUCAAAGAAUCACGAGAAUGGUGUUCUGUGCACUAUGCAUGUGAUACAGCAUGUGGUGGCAUCGGGUCCCACUGAGGGCAAAUUUUAAAGCUCAAGCUCUACUGCGCCAAGUCUCGCAAGGUCGUUCAUCACAUCGCAAUGACCUUGAGCUGCUAGAGCGCAAGAGCACUGCAGAGAGGCGUCGCAGCUGCGCUCACACAGAUCUUCGCCGGGACUAGGCGAGGGUUUAACUGCUGCUUCGCUGGCGCUUGGUCGCUCAGCCUCGCCAUGGAUGGUGCGCUGGCUGGGCUGUCUGUACAUUCGCGUCAGUGCAGGUGACAGGCUGAAUCCAAUCAUCCUGUAGAUAUAGCUCGACAGCAGGCUGUGAAAUCUCAACCAAGGGCAAAGUUGGCUGCUGAAACAACGGAGCAAAGGGAGGCCACAUUAGCCCUUUAUAGAGAAGCUUACCAAGCGCGGAAGCGUGCAAUAAUGAAGCACUGUGUGCAUAGUCUUUGCAAAACCAAUCCAAACAGGCCUUUCGCUCGUGAUAACUAGGUUUUGCAAGAGUUAAACCUCAGCCAAUUUUAUUUUUCACUCAAUAAUUGUAUAAAAACGGUAAAUGUAUUUUUUUUUCAAAGCGCACCGAUUCUUGUGUAGCAAGCAGAUGGACACAGUAGCUCCUGUAGUGCUGGACAAUUUUUUAAGUAAAUUCUUUUUAACCCUUACACCAUUCAGUUAACUAAUGUGUGGUGAUGUCUUUGUGUUAACAGUUGAUAUCGCUGACAUUUAUUUUUUUUUCUCGCCUGUUCCCUAACACAUGCAGUAAGAACUGAUGGGCAUCCACUAGGUGCUGUUUAGCCAGAAUGUUUUGUUAGAAAAAGAUCUUUUUUAUGCAUACCUAUAAUGUAUACAAGUUCAAAAGUUUAUAUGCCAUAAAAUACCGAUCAAGAACUCUCCCCAUCGAUGUGGGGAUAAUACAGGGAAUGUUUAGAUAGGGGGCCCUUGUUUGGAACUGGCCUGAAAUUCAAGAUGGGGGCCAAAAAUGUUCACCCCCCCUCCCCGAAAGAACCAAAAUGGGGUGCGCUGUAACUAAAAACGUUUAUUGUAGGGCAUUCUUUCUAAUUGUUUUCGAAGCUGUCGCAAGAUUCUUCCGAGCCAGAUCUGAAAACUAGGCUUAGGCACACACUGCGCAAGCACCCUCGCAAACUUUUGGUGCCACGGCACUGAUGUCAGAGCGCCAGUCAUGCAGCUCACCAUCCUGGGAACCGUUGAGUGCGCUGGAAAUUCUGCACCCCUUCAACGAGCGCGCGACUAUCUCUUCUGUGACAGCAGCCCAUGCCUCGGGCACAAAGUCGAGGGCAUCCUGCCCGCGAUGGCUUUUGUAGAUUGGCUUUCAGCAGUUCUCUCUUCAUCUCCUCAUGAAUAUUCUUAUGUUGGCUUUAAAUGACCUGUUCCAAAACACAUCAGCUGGCUGCAAUAGGCUUGUUUAGCCUGCAGGCACGUACAGAACGCAGUGUGUCGCGUUCCUCUAUGGCAUACUUUUUUCCCUGUGUUUUGUGAAUGGGUGACCAAUGUAGCACAAGCAGCCGCUGCACGUCAUCACCGUUCGGUCCCCACACCCUUGUCAGCCACUCCUGCAGCUUGUCCGACAUCAUCCAUCCGUUUUUUGAUGCCGUGACGCGAACAUUUGCUACAAAUGAAAAAAAAAAUAAAAGUUGACAGUCAACACAGGUCACUGUAAUGAAGCAUCCCUGUCAUCGUUACUGUCCGCCUUGAAAGCAAACAAAUUAAUAACCUGGUGCACAAAGGUCCUCACUCACCUGGUAUACAAAUACUCAUGAACGCCUUGGCUGAGAUUCUUCCGCUCGGUUCCUAGACGAUUGUGAAAGCUGGGAGCUUGUGGCCACUUGCGCAUGCUGGCAAUGCAACCCUCCAGGCACAACCAGUGUUAAAUUCGGACGGUGCUCUCGCCAACCACGUUGUUGGUCCUUUUAGCUGGAGAGUCGAUUUUUACCAUCAUGUUAUCCAUAUUUGAGAUGUUGAACAGCGUGUACUCGUGCUGAGUUUGGAGCUUGUUCAUGGCAGAGCGAAAAGCCUUUGCUGCCUCCGAGAAAUUGUCUGGUGUCUUCCGGCUUUUGUUUGUGGAAUGGUGCAUUGUAACGCCAAACCGCUGUUUUCAUAUGUGCUGGCUUGACGCACCAAAGUUUCCGAGCUGCAAGUUGUGCACUAUUUUGACAGCUUCUUCAGAGCGAAGUCUUGCUUACAGCAUGUCCUGCGCUUCUUUCCCGUUCCAAAAAUUAAAAGAGUGGUAGUGAAUGAAAACCCAAAAUCCUCAGAUCAUAGUAGGGGACGCUUGCACUGGUGGGAGCAUUUGAUCGGUAUUUUACGGUACUUGCGGACAACUUUCUUGGCUAUGAAACAAAGGCUGCAGAAACAAAGCGCACCUAUUUUACCGCUGCUGGAAGUAGUCUUGCAGUUUUGUUCACAUUUUCUUAUUGGGAAAUAGAAAAUAAUAUAUUUUUGUUUUGUUUACUACACUGCCUAAUUUGAAACAAUACAUAAAAUUCACCAGUUAGCUACUGGUAUAUUAUUUUUAGUUUGCCCUUUCGAGUUUCCACACACCUGUGAGCCGUCACAUGUUUUGCGCAUUCCUCAAAGACAAAAUGGCACCUGCAUCUUCUGGUGAGUGCUCGUCACUUGCUGUCCCACCAAUCAGCUCCCUGAGAGGCUGUUGCCAAACUUCAGCAACGAAAGACUGUCAAAGCACAGAAAACAAAUUCUUGCAGCGUCUAUGCAAAAACUAAGUGAACCCAUCUGAAAAUCACAACCAUCGGCAUGUACAAACGAGUGAGCAACCGGGCUGCAGCGUCGGUUGCGUGUCCCAGUCCCGAUCAAUGCCGAGGUCGUAUCGCUGUUUCGGGGCUCCAACGCAGCUGUGUUGCUCACUGUUCAGAACUCGGUACACAUCGCAUGUAUAUAUAUAAUAUGCAUUGAUUCACACCGAGUUAAUUGUCUCGGCCUUCACUAAAGUAAACAACUUGUGCUAGGUCGGAGAAACCAAAACUGGUGCCGAGCUCGCCCGGAGUACAUUGCAUACGAAUACAGUCCUGUGCAGAAUCUCCACCCCCGUAGCUUUCACUUCGUAGACAAGAAAGUUCUCCAUCAUCUUCAAUGAUGUCAAACGCCAAAUGCUACUUUUUCAAGAAGGGGCAAAUGCUGAUGCGUUGACGUCCAGAUGAGAACAACUUGCGACUGUUGCAACUUCUUUUAUGCUUCUGUGGAAGCGUCGAGGCAGCACUGCCUUGGUUACCUUAUUUUCAUUUAAGCCUUACUUUAUAACCUGACUGAUUGGUCUACUUGGUGUUGAAACAUCUUGUUUGAAAGCGAUUUCACACAACAUCUUUCUUUAUAGUUGCACAGCAUGGCAUUGUGGUAGGAGGCUUUUGGAGUAAAGGAAAGCAUAGUGCAGAAUAAAAAAAAGGUAGUGGCUAAAGAAUUUAUACGAUCAGCCUUUUGAGACAGCUUAUGGAUGCUGCAGCUUUAAACUAGGGCAUUAAGAGCUUGGAAUCAAAUGUCAGCACAUUUUCGUGCCUGUAAUGUGCUCUUCUGAAUGUAUCUAUCACAGAGUUGCACUCAUGUCAGCAACUGUGCAUCGACAGCUAUGCUUUUGUUGCAUGAAAACAAUCGAACUCAAUAUUUAUGCAUUUGCAGUAGGGCCUCAUUUUUGCUCUCUACAGGUUUACUUAGGAGGCUGAGGGUCUGCAUAGUCAUACUGACUGCAUUACACUCUAAUCUCAAUGUAACGAAUCAUCGGAUAGAACGAAGUAGGUAUAAAAAUUUUGUUGGCAAUGAUUUAUUUCAAUUAGUAUUUCACUGCAACAAUGCAACUGAAAAUUCAGUAUCUAAUGCAAUAUCAAUUAUAGCGAAACAAAUUUUUAUUUGCACAUGGCUCCAAGUGAUAUGCACGCAGCAGGUAAAAGCUGCAACCCUUGCAGCUUCAAGUGCUCUCCUUUGUGCAAUUGGCUGAAAAGAUAUGUGCUUUCGCCACUAGUGCCAUUAACGAAAAGCAGAGUCCAUCUCGGACGAAAGCUUUCGCUUGGCCUGGUUUGGUUUGCAUAGUUCUGUAACCCGCACCACCGAUUUGUUGGCAGCAAUUUCGGUUUGCUCUUUUACAACGAACUUCUGAUCAACGAACAAAAUUUUGCUGUGAAUGCGAAAUUGAAUCAUGGUUCAACUGCAUAUACUCUAUUGCUGCUACUGUGAGCCACCUUCGGCCUCCUUUUUUAUUAUUCAAGAAAAACAUUCUAACUUCAAAUAAUUGUCCUAGAGAAAAAAAAUGUUUAAUUGAAAUAUAUUGACCUACUCAUAUCUGUGGUAGACAGAAAUGACAAAAUUUUAAUAUGCAACAAGUAUAUCUUUUUUUCUUUACAACCAUGUGCAAAAUUGUAUGGAUUAGAGACAUAGGGGUUACAAAAAUGCUUUUUGGCUGCAAGAGUGUAGUUAAUGCGCGACUCUCACGCGUCUCCUGUAAUCCGGCUUCACCGCGAGAGUCCUUUGUUUUCGCUGUAAGUUAAUUGUAGUGGAAAUCUCUGUUAGUGCUACAUAGCAAAGCCAUCAAAAAGCUAUGUUAAAAAAACUUUCUCAUAGUUGCUGCUUAGACCACCACGAGUUACUUAAGCUGCUUUUAAUUUGACUAAAUUCAAACAGUGCUAAAACUGGUAGAUGCUGUUUCACCAAGGUUGAAGAAAUUGACUAAAUGUUACGAAGGUUACAAAUGUGGUUCUUGUGUUUGUUAAAACAACCAACCAUGCAAUAUGCACUCUAGUUCACAAUCCUGUUCUCUGUGGGAACCAGUGACAGAGUUUUUUGUACUGUGGUAAUGAGCAGUGUACAUGACAAUGCAAUGGUCUCUUCACAUUGCUGUGUUUUUUUACUUUAUGCUGUCGUGGUACUCAUUUCGGGGCAUUUUAUGAUUUUCACUUACGUGGUGUAUAUACGAGAAAGUCGUAUAAUAGUAUAGCUCAGGCUGAGGCAGUAAUGCCACGGCAGUGUGGCAGUUGUGAGUAUGAACCACUUUUUUCACUGGUUGUUUUAUGAGCCAGAUCUCUGCCGACACUUACAAACACACAUGGAUGUUUGUGCCAAACUGUAGACAUAUUUGUUCUGUCUGGGCAUGGCCACAGUUUAGUAUGUUUCCAAUCUGGCAGUGUUUACUUUCAGAAGUCAGUGGACAUUAGCAGUGUUUGAGACUCCUCAGAAAUGGGUGUAUUUUGAUCUUCAUGUAGACACAUAAAAAGUUGCGAUCAUCAUUAAAAAGAAUAAAUAAAUGAAGAGCAAAGCAACCUAAGAAGUGAAUUCCUUCUUAUGCUGCAUGGCUGAAGCUUACUAGGCAUGCUUUGAAGUAAUUUGAAUAUAAUAUUAUUAUUUUUUGACCAUAUAGAAUUAUUAAGAAUCGUCUGUGGCAAAUAGCAU